UGUCAAGUCAAAACCAUUGAACUCGAGUUGAACAAUGAUUCGCACAUGGUGGCGCGGCGUACGCCAGGAGUCUGCAAGGACAGCGGCGACGCGGCAUUGGUCUAGGGUAAUGGGAUGCUCGUACUCGACAGAAGCAGCAACGGACAUCACGAAGAUCCGCAACAUUGGCAUCUUGGCGCACAUCGACGCGGGCAAGACGACCACCACCGAACGGAUGCUGUUCUACUCCGGCGCGAUCAAGCGCAUGGGGGAAGUCCACGACGGAGACACCACCAUGGACUUCAUGCCACAGGAGCGCGAACGCGGCAUCACGAUCGGGUCGGCAGCCAUUUCGUUCCCAUGGAAAGGGCACCACAUCAACUUGAUCGACACCCCAGGCCACGUCGACUUUACGAUCGAAGUGGAGCGCGCUGUGCGAGUGCUGGACGGCGCGGUCGCAGUGUUUGACGGCGUGGCGGGCGUCGAAGCUCAAACCGAAACAGUGUGGGAACAAGCGGACCGAUAUAAGGUUCCCCGCAUUGCAUUUAUCAACAAAUUGGAUCGUGAAGGCGCGUCGUUUGACCGAACGGUGGGGAUGAUUGAAACACGAUUCAAUGUGACUGUGCUGGCCAUUCAAUUGCCCAUGGGUGAAAACGCAGACUUUCACGGGGUUGUGGAUCUCUUGACGAUGGAAAUGUUGACGUGGAGUGACACCGAAGGCCAAACAAUUCGACGGUUGCCGUUGGUCCCAGGAGCGUCCAACGAAUCCAUGCAACAAUUGUAUAACAAUGCGUCGGCCGCUCGCCAAAGUUUGAUUGAAAAAGCGUCGGAUUUUGAUGAAAUAUUGGCGGAUUUGUUCUUGUCGGAAGAACCCAUCGAUGCAGCCACGUUGCAAGCGGCGUUGCGGCGUAUUACUGUGGCCAAGCCGGACGACCACCCCAAAGCCGUCGUGGCGCUGUGUGGCAGUGCGCUAAAAAACAAAGGCGUUCAGCCCUUGCUGGACGCUGUGAUCGACUACUUGCCGUCUCCAGUGGACCCCAGCUGUUCUCCGUUUGAGACGUCCGUGAUUCAAAGAGACAAGUCGGUUCGAUCGUUGGCAGUCGACGCCACAGCGUCUGGGCCGUUGAGUGUGUUGGCCUUUAAGGUAAAACACGACCGCCAACGCGGUCCGAUUGUGUUUUUCCGCGUCUAUUCUGGCACGUUGCACGCCAAAGCCCAAUUACUCAACACCACAAGAAAUACCAAGGAGCGACUCACUCGGUUGAUGCUGGUGGCUGCCGACGAUUCCGAUGAAGUGGACCAGAUCCAAGCUGGCCACAUUGGCGCAGCUGUGGGCCUCAAGCAUACAUUCACAGGCGAUACAUUGGUGGCAGCUAACGCCUCGGUCAAAACCAUCUUGCCCGGCGUUGGUAUCCCCGCCCCGGUAUUUACGUGCUCGAUCGAGUCGGACUCGCAGAGUCGCCAGAAAGAACUGGACGACGCCCUCGGUCAUUUGCAGCGGGAAGACCCGAGCUUUGUCGUGACCCAGGACCAAGAGACUGGCCAGACGCUGAUGAGCGGUAUGGGGGAACUCCAUCUCGAGAUUCUACAGGACCGAUUGCGCACCGAAUUCAAGCUGGACCCGUCGAUUGGCCACAUGCGCGUGGCGUACCGAGAAACGGUUGGGUCGGCGAUCGCGCACGAGUUUACGUACGACACGGUACUGGGCAGCGAUCGUCAAUUUGCCAAAAUCGCAUUUAAGCUUACGCCUCGCGACGUGGCAAGCUCCAAAGACGACGGCGCCAACCACAUCCGACAUGUGCAACCAGCAGCUGACACGAUCAGAACUACCUCGCUGCCAUUUGCGUUUGUGCAGGCCAUGGAGGACGGCCUGCAGAGUGCCCUCGGUCGAGGACACACUGGCCACCGCCUGGCAUAUCUUGACAUUGAGUUGGAUAUCGGCAAUUGCGCGUUUGAUUCCGACUCGUCUGCGAAUUCCUUCCGCGCGGCGGCGGCGCUCGGCCUUCGCGAAGCAUUAGACAAAGCGGGCUCUGUCCCUCUCGAACCCAUCAUGCUGCUCAACGUCCGAAGCCCGGACCGGUGUGUGGGCGAUAUUUUGUCUGAUUUAAACUCCCACCGUCGCGCCGCUAUCCAGCAAGUACGUGAAAACACAACUCCGAUGACAUCGCACGCAAGGAUGCAGAAUUUGGUGGUGGUUGCUAUUGUUGUUGUAUGUAUGGGUGGGUGGGUACACAACCUGAUGGGUGUAUUUCGCUCGAUAUACAGUGAAGUGGGGAAAAACUCGCAAGAGAUGCACUCGAAUAUAUAUAUUAACGUUUGUAUGGAGUGGACAUAUGGUUGGAAUAGGGCCACGAUGAAAUAGUGUAUUUUUACCAAGGAGAGGUCACGACGACUAUAUCGUUUUGAAUAAUCUGCUUCGAUGAUUAGACUUUUAUCAGAUGAUUAAAGAUAUUGUGAUGUAACUCUUGCGCGUUUUUUUCCAGUUUAUUGUACUUGAUUUGGCUGAAAGGAAUGUAUUUAUGUACGUACGUACGACUGAUAUGGUUGUAUCGAGUGUUGUCGAGAGUGGUUUAUUAUACUGCCAUACCUCGAUAUAAGGACCGAAAUGUGACAGAGUUCACUUUUUUUGCCUCAAGACAUCAUGUUUAUUUUGGAUCGACGGAUUGUGGGUGGAGGAUGCUGCUGGUAGUUUAUAGUUUGGGUGUGGAUGGAAUAUAAUAUUGUUUGAUAUAUAUAUAUUAUUGUGUGGAUGGAAUAUAUUAUUGUUUGAUUUAUAUAUUAUUAUAAUAUUCUAUCGUAGGUGGGCCAGUGUUCGUCACUACGAGUGGGGCGCAGUCGCAUUGAAGCCCAUGUGCCGUUGGCGCACAUGGUCGGCUACGCCACGUCGCUGCGGUCGAAAACGCAAGGAGAAGCCGACUUUUCCAUGCACUUCCUCAAAUACAGUCCCGUCGUGUAGAUAAAAAUAGUCCAGAGUAAUCACGGCAUAAUGCUACUAACUACUACUACUAACUAUUAAUAAUAGUUACAAUACGU